AGUAUUCAUCUGAUCGGCCUCCUCUCUUCUGAUCCACUCAGAUCGAAUGGCCACGAAAUGCUGUCAGCACAGAUACGUCAGUCUGCCUAUUUCCAGCAGUUGCCACCAUUGCCGCUUGCCUGUGUCCAACUGGACGGUGAAGUGGCCAGCAUGCCGAUCAUCUUUGAGGACAUCUACCUCGGCCUUCAGGAUAGCCUUGUCUCGCAAAUCGGCUCCGCUCGCCGACUGGCCUCGUACCGGGGCCGUGGGGAGGCCGAGUUGUGGAGGGUUGUCGAUGCUGGUCAGCCGGUGCCCCGGCUGCCGCCUCCAAGACCCCUUCAAGAGGGUCUCGCAGCCAGCGUCAGUCUUGGCUGUGCCGGUGCUGGCAGCGCUGAGCAUGACCUGAGCGGUGGAUCGUCAUGCACGGCCCAUCGGCGCCACGAGACGACGACUCGGUCGACGUGUCGAGAGAAUACGAUGACGGACAGCCUCGAGGGAGGCGAGCUUAGCAACGGGCACAUUGGACUCAGUUCAGAGCUUCAUGUUCCAAGAUUACGAGUCGACCAGCUGCCGACUGAGGCGCCUGCUUCGCUCCGAAAUCGGCCCGCGUCGGUCGCCUUGCCAGUCGGUGACGUCGGGUCGAAACCGUCUUUCGCCGGUGCCAGGUCGAGCAUUGCUGGUCUGCGCGGCCUGACAGGUCUGGACGACGAUUUGGCCAGCAGUCAGCCGUCCGAAUCGUUGUCAGCCUACGGCGACUACGAACUUUUGUCCGGUAGUCAGUUGCAACAGUCUACGCGUCGCCGACAACGAUCCAUCCAGACAGAGCUCCAGUCUCAACAAGGCAAUCGGCGGCAUGGGCAACGAUUCGUCACAACCGGCGUCUCCAGGCCGAUCAGACAGCAGAGGCGAGAAGACGGAGACGUUGAAGACGAAGCCGAGGGAGAAAGCGAGAAUUCCGGUGAUCGGUAUACAGGAUGCAUUGGCACCACGACAACAGGACACUGGUUGGCAGAUACGCAAAUGAGCCUGUUGGAUAGGCCAAGAAGACCGGGAGUCCGGCCGGCCUCGACGAUUGGAGGUGUAACUGAUCACACUUCAGCCUUUGGCAGAUUCCGUGAGGCAAGAAGAGUCUGCUCAAAGACUUCAGACUUCAGUAAGUUGUACUAA